UAGCAGGAAAGGCCUCGUGGUGAGAGAGGAGGCAGCAGUGCUAUUCCGCAGCAGGUCGCCAGUGUCCGGGUUCAGCCAUGGAUGACGAGGAGGAGACUUACCGGCUAUGGAAGAUUCGGAAGACCAUCAUGCAGUUAUGCCAUGACCGAGGUUACCUUGUGACUCAAGAUGAAUUGGACCAGACAUUGGACGAAUUCAAGGGUCAGUUUGGUGACAAGCCAAGUGAGGGCCGGCCCCGGCGAACUGAUCUCACAGUGUUGGUCGCUCACAAUGAUGACCCUACUGAUCAGAUGUUUGUGUUUUUCCCUGAGGAGCCAAAGGUUGGAAUAAAGACCAUUAAAAUGUACUGUCAGAGGAUGCAAGAAGAAAACAUCACAAGAGCCAUUAUUGUGGUGCAGCAAGGAAUGACCCCUUCUGCUAAGCAGUCACUGGUGGACAUGGCUCCCAAAUACAUCCUCGAGCAAUUUCUGCAACAGGAGCUUCUUAUCAACAUCACAGAACAUGAGUUGGUACCUGAACAUGUGGUCAUGACAAAGGAUGAAGUCACAGAGCUGCUGGCACGAUAUAAACUCCGAGAAUCCCAACUCCCUCGUAUACAGGCUGGAGAUCCAGUUGCAAGAUAUUUCGGGCUAAAAAGAGGGCAGGUGGUAAAAAUCAUUCGUCCCAGUGAGACUGCUGGCCGCUACAUCACGUACCGUUUAGUGCAGUGAGGUCUGGAGCACAUAUUAAAAUGGACAUUAUGAAGAAACAGCUCAAGGAGGCCUCAAGAAGAUAUUCCAGGAUGAUAUAUUCUGUAUUUGGUUUUUUAUCAUGAAAGCUAGGAGUAUAUUUCAUGACCUGCAUUGCUUUGUAUAUGCAUUUCUUAAAGUGGCACAGGUAUGGUAUAUUUAGCUUUUAUAAAGUGAUUUUUUUUUGCC